AUGGGGAGUCUUAGUCCGGAAUUCGCAUAUGCAGUGGUGUACGUAAAGGACGUUGCCAAGUAUGUGGCUUUCUAUAUCCGUGCCUUUGGCUGCAAGGUUCGCACCCUCCACGAGUCCCACAGGUUACACUCUCUCGAAUGCUUAGUGUCCUCUCAAGGGAAAGAACGAUACAUUUGCAUCGUCACUGAUUAUAGACGGUGGAGAUGCGAUGUAUCCAAGAGGGCUAUAGAGCCGGGUGCUAGGCCGGUUAGAGAGCCCGAGGAAAAGGAAUGGGGCCAAAAGGUUGGGUAUGUGAGAGACAUGGAUGGCAUCGUGGUUCGGCUUGGAAGCAAGCGCCUCCAAAGUAGACCUCUUGAUUAUUCCAAUCCUUGA